AUGGUAUAUUUUGUCUGUCUGUCUGUAUUUCUCUCUCUCUCUUUCUCUCUUUCUCUCUCUCUCUCUCUCACACACACACACACAUACACAAACACACCCUCUUUGCGGCUACUGGCAGAUUUAUCUCUCCCCCUUUUUCUUUUUUACUUUAUUAGAAAUUUCUUUCUCAUUCAUUCUUUCUCUUUUUUUCUUUCUUUCUUUAUCUAUUUCCAUUUAUUUCUUAACGGCUUUCCUUCUCUCUUUCUUUCCUUUUCUUGCAUUAGUGGAAUUCUCUAUCUCAUCUUUCUUUCUUUUUCUCUUUCACUCGUUCUUUAUUCGUUCUUCUUUCUUUCUUUGUUUCUUUCUUUCUUUCUUUCUCUUUGUGUUUUUCUAUCUCUCUCUUUUCCUUUAUUUUACCGGGUCUUUCUUUCUCAGUCUUUCUUUCCUUCUUUUUUUUUUUCUCUUUCUCUUUCCUUUGCUUUCACUCUCUCUUUGGGGCUUUCUUUCUUUCUGGUUUUUGUUUUUUCCUUUCAUUCGAACUUUCUUUAUCAUUUACUCUUUCGUCAUUUGUCAUUAUCUCUUUCUUUUGCUUUCUUUACUGUCUCUCUUUCACUAUAUUCUCUCUCUCCCUCUCUCUCUAUGUCUCUCUCCUCUCUCUCUCUCUCUCUCUCUCUCUCUCUCUCUCUCUCUCACUCUCUGCGGCAGCUUUUCUUCUUCGUCUGUUUUGGUUUAAUUGGUGUUUCUUACUCAUUUUCUCCUAUUCUUUUGUCUUCAUCUAUUACGUUUUCCUUGUUAUUCUAUUUCUCUCUCUCUCUCUCUCUCUCUCUCUCUCUCUCUCUCUCUCUUUCUCUUUCAUUUCUGUUUCUCUUUAUUUUUGUUAGCAUCCCACUAGGUGGCGCAUUCGCCAAUAUUUCCAAGCGCCACGGAACGGCUGCGCCGCGGUCACCGGAGCUAAUCGCUGCCACCAAUGUCAUGUCUCAGCAGCGCCCCAGCAGCAUCUCUCUGCACCGCAGCGCUAUCAAUCCGUAG